UCGCUUACUUUUUCCUGCCAAGACCUUUCUAACGCUGGUAUCAAAUUUCCUUUAGGAUAAGGGGUGGAAAGAAAGAUGGCUUUGUGUAGAUGGUCGUCGAGUUAUGUACUUGGAGAAAGCAACGGACGCGUUCCCGAAAGGCGAAUUUGUAUUAGGCACGAAAGGCUAUGACGUCACCUCGGGUUUUAACGAAUACGAGGCCCCACUCGGCUACGGCUUUUCGAUUCACACACCAGAUCGAAUUUACGAAUUCAGUGCUGGCACGGAGGACGAACGGGACAAAUGGGUUAAAGAUUUGAAGAAAAUAGUAUCAACUUCACUGACGGAAGAAGAUAGAAAAGCAAUUACGUUGAGCGAAGAUUUAGAAAGAAAAAAAUCUCAACAAAGUUCGUUAUCCAGAAUAAGUCAAAAAUUUUCAUAACAUAUAAAUUAUAUUAAUCUUUAUAUUAAUCUUUAUAGAUAUAUAUGUUUUUGUAUAUGAUGCACCUAAAAGUCAAAUGCCUUCAGACUUAUAUUCAAUAAACCAAGUCGCCAAAUAUACAGUAGCGACAAUAGUUCAUGUUGCAAAAUGUAUGUAAAUUAUUUUACUGUCGUAUAGGAAAAGAGUCGUGUCUAUGAUAAAUACCACACACAAAUUUUAUAUUUAUAACCGCAGAAUUUUAUUCACUUUUAAUUGAUAAACCAUACAAUCGUUGAUUUGUAAAUAUUUUCGCUCAUGUAACAAGGCAUGUUGAUGUUUUAUAAAAUAUUUAUGAAAUAUAACAGUUUUACAAUUAAAGAA